AUGGACCUUAAUCAAAUACCUUCUCAGCCAUUUGACCAAGCUACAACUUCUUCCUCUCAUCCUAAUAUUCAAACCAACAUUGAAGAUCAUCUUCUUGUUGGUCUCCCAACAGAAAAUGUCUUUGAUCCUUUUAGCGAAGACGAAGACGAAAUUCUCUUUGAACAUCAAGAUGAUGAUGAAGAAGAAAUCCUUCCAGUUCCAAAUAAUCCACCAUUAGAACCAGUAGCCAUAUACAACCCACCUCCACACUUUUUAGACUUUCCCAAUGAAAUCCAACAACAAGACACUGAGUAUAGCCAUCUGUUAGAACGUGAAAUGGUUAUGUAUCCACCUAGAACACUCUUUGUUGGCCAACGCUUCCAAACAAAAGAACAAGAACAAGAUGCCAUUAACAGAUUUCACAUUGUCAACCAUUGCACUUACAAGGUUAAGCACUCAAAUACUACUAGGCUUCUCGUGGAAUACGUUCACCACGAUUGUGAAUGGAGAUGUCGUGCUAUAUUGCGCACUAGAGAACAACAAUGGGAAAUCAUGAUCCUUAAAGGCCCUCACACAUGUGUUUCUUCACUCAUCUCCCAAGAUCAUAAUAAAUUGGGAUCACAAAUGAUUUCUCAAACCAUUCGUGAAAUUGUUGAGGAUAAUCCAUCUACACCCAUUUCAACCAUCAUAGCCCACAUCAAGUUGACCAUGUGUUAUACAAUUAGUUACAAAAAAGGAUGGCUGCACAAGCAACAUGCCAUUGAAAACAUCUUUGGAAACUGGGAGGAUUCGUACAACAAGUUACCAGUUAUGUUGCAAGCAAUGCAAAUGUAUGUUCCAGGCUUUAUUUGGAAAUUUAAUACGCAACCGGCUUACCAAGGUGGCUUAUUGGAAGAAGGGAAUGUUAUAUUCAAAAGGUUAUUUUGGACCUUUAAACCAUGCAUUGAUGGUUUUGCCUUCUGCAAACCAAUUGUUCAAGUUGAUGGAACAUUUUUAUACGACAAAUACAAAGGUACGUUAUUGGUCGCAGUUGCGCAAGAUGGCCGCAACAACAUAAUUCCUAUUGCAUUUGUUGUUGUUGAAGUCUCAGCCUCUUCAAUUCAUAUUAAUAUUAUCCUCAUGUCACGCCUUAUUCACACAAUCAAACCUAAGAGCUCCUUAGACUGUUCUGGCCACUUGGUCUGA